GAAGAAGACCGAGAGCUUUUACGAUGGCGUACUACGGUCAACAGCAACAGGCUUACCGGCCCCCAAAUCCAGGCAUGCCAGACCAAAACUUCUUGUGGAAUGUCUUUCAAAGGAUUGACAACGACCGCAGUGGCUCUAUUUCAUGCCAUGAGCUACAACAGGCUCUGUCAAAUGGGACAUGGACCCCUUUUAACCCAGAGACUGUACGCUUAAUGAUUGGUAUGUUUGAUCGAGACAACUCUGGAACAAUCAACUUUCAGGAAUUUUCAUCUUUAUGGAAAUAUGUAACAGAUUGGCAAAACACGUUUAGAACAUACGACAGAGACAACUCUGGGGCUAUCGAUAAAAAUGAGCUGAAAACAGCUUUGACAAGUUUUGGUUAUCGCUUGUCUGACAGAUUUUAUGACAUAUUAGUGAAGAAAUUUGACAGGCAGGGUCGAGGAGUUGUGGCAUUUGACGAUUUUAUCCAGUGUUGUGUUGUAAUGCAGACUUUAACAAACUCUUUCCAAGGCUAUGACACAAAUCGCAGUGGAUGGAUCCAGAUAACAUAUGAACAGUUCCUCACUCUUGUGUUUAGCCUGAAGAGCUGAACACUCUGCUCAAAGAAAUACCAGCUGACAUUUCAAAGACCCUUUUAUGGUGUUAAUAACCUUUUUUUUUUUUUUACUUUAAACCGUGUAAACUGUAUGUAACUAUGUGGCUUUAUCCAAGUAAAUUUUACAAACUAUUUUAAGUUGAUAAUGAGAAAAUUAUUUCUAAUGUACAUGUAUCUGAAUUAAUAUGAACAUGAGUGAACUUAAGUAUUCUUUUAUUUUAUUUGGUGUAGUUAAAAAUUUAGUGAAGUCAUCUCUACUAGUGUUGUUAAGUAGCAUACAUAUUUUCGAUGCCAGGGUUAUUUAGACCCCUGAAAUCUGUAGUCGUUACUGAGUUAGCAAUCUAAACUCAUUAUGUAAUUAUAGCACUUUCCUUGAUGCCUGAGAUUUCUAUCUAACUGUAUUUUUAGGCAUCAGUGUUUACAAUCUCUUUAACAGCAUGGCAGAAAUGUAUGACCUUCAUGUAAAGUUGUUUGGCCUUGGGCCAGUUAAUUGCACCUGUUUUUUGUUAUUAUGCUGUGGUGAUCAGAAGGCACGUCUGUAAAAGCCCCACAGUAUGUGAUGAGGAUUUUUUGGUAUUUUUGGUUUUCAUUUUUAAAAAAGUAAGCACGUCCUUCGUUAUGCUGAGAAGUUCUGUGAAUUUACUCAGGAAACUGCAUAUUUGAGGGCAUAAGUUGUUGCCUUUGUUUUUUUUAUCAUCUUGACCAUACCAUUCACACAAACUCCUGUGCUGUACAGAUUAGCCGUAAAAUCUACAUGCAGUAAUGUCAUUGAUUGUUUGUAAACAACCUGGUUCAUGUGUUGUUACCAGGUAGGGAAGGCAUCUUGGAGUUGAUCAUACACAACUCGGCACACAGUAGUUCACUUGGGCAUAUGAACAGUGAAAUUUCAGCAGAUCCUAUACAAAUCAGGUGAACAAGAAGGGAACUUCCACACUGGGGGGAUUUCAAGAUUUCUCCAGCAUAAAUAAGCAGUGAUAUCAUUAUGAAUUAGGGCUGUUGUUAAAUACCUUUGAAAUCGGUCACCUGUUCAGUCAAGAUCUUGGAUUUUUAUACCAUUUGUGUAUUAAGGAUAUAUUAACAUCUUUCAUAACAACCAUUUCCUCAAUGAUAUUACAAUCUUUAUAAGUUAAAUAUUUAAUGAAAUUUAAUUCCAUGAAAAUGCAGUGUUUGCAGGUGCAAGUAGAACGUGCCUGAAGAAUGACAUUUUUACUCUUGGAUGCCGAGUAGUGAAAUAAUGAGUCGGAGGAAAACUGACAUCGGUGGAAUGUACAUAUGAACUAUUAAAAUUAAAUCAAAUUUCAGCUUCCUGUAUAAACUAAUAAACUAAAUAUAUUAUA